AUGCAAAUCGAAAACAACUUACAGCUUAUCGAACGUCCUCUCAAUAAACGUGGCAAAAUCGACAUAGACAUGGAGGUGUCUUCACAUGACGCGGCAAAAGAAUUCCCUAAUCUGCUCAAGUACAUGCUAGAAAAUAUUCUUGAAAAAGAAAGAGAAUUUAAUCGUCACGAAAAAAGUAUUGAUACAGCCUCUGAAAAGACACUUGCCGUCAAACUCGAUAUUACUUCAAUCAAAUCACUUUGCGACAGGUUAAUACUGGACCUCAUUGAAGAUGCAGAUUUGAACGAUGCUCUCAAGUGGCUUGAGUUCUCCGCAAAAAACGGCCUCGAUGAUCUUGCCAUUAAAUGUGUCGACGGAGUUAUUGCCGACUUUUGUCAAGAUAUGAUGUCUUCUUCUGGAACUGAUAAGCUUUCAAAACAGGCGAUGGUUCAAUUGCUCAGAUCGUCUACUCUUCUUGUUCCCUCUGAGUGGUUCGUUUUUCAGAUGACUGAAAAAUGGCUCUUAGAACAAGAGAAAACUUCCGACGACAUUCUUUCAAAAAGGAAUCAAACACUUUAA